UCUUCUUCUCCGAAGUCCCACGAUAAAGGAAAGUGUCCAUCUAUCUCGGUGUCCAUUUAUCUCUCUCUACAAUUUAUUAUUCUCAUUCCGUUCCAUUCCAUUCCAAUCUACUUCUCCAAUUCCAUUCCCUUCUCUUCUUAUUCUUCUGAAAGUGAUGGGUGUGCCCUGCUGCUGUUCUCAUACAUCGCACAUAACAGCCCUCAUCAUCACCAGCUUCUUUCGCCAUAAACCUUAGAUCUUUUCUUUAUUUCAAUAUUUUAUUAUUUUUACCACCUCUUAUGGUUUGCUAGAUUAAUGAUAACACCGUCUGAUAUGGCUGCUGGGAGAGUCUUUUGCUGUGGUCCUGCAAAUGCUUCCAAUUUCACUACUUUGCUUCCGAAUCAAACUGCUCCUUGCACUUCUCAACCUCUUGAUUCUCUUUUUCUUUCUACCUCUUCUUCUCCUUUCCUCGGUUCAAGAUCUAUGAUGAGCUUCGAAGAUGUUAAAGGAGGGAAGGGGUGUAGUGGCUCGUUCUUCCGCCCUUAUGAUCCUGAUGAAACUGGAGAUGAAGACAUGGAUGACUACUUUCAUCAACCUGAUCAGAAGAAGCGUCGGCUCUCCGUGGACCAAGUGCAUUUUCUCGAGAAAAGCUUUGAUCAGGAGAACAAGCUCGAACCCGAAAGAAAAACACGACUAGCCAUGGAGCUUGGUUUGCAGCCCCGGCAAGUGGCGAUUUGGUUUCAGAACCGCCGAGCACGCUGCAAGACAAAACAGUUGGAGAAGGAUUAUGAUUCCCUUCAAGCUAGCUAUAACGAUCUUAAGGCCAACUAUGAUAACCUUCUCAGGGAGAAAGAUAAAUUGAAAACCGAGGUGGCAAACCUCACCGAGAAGGUGCUUGGAAGAGAGAAAGGAGAGGCAAACGUUGAACAAGCUGAAACAAAUGGGUUGGUGGAGCCAUUGGAAAAGCCUUUGAUUGAUUCAGCUUGGGAGGGUGAAGGAUCAGAAGAAGUGUCAAUUGUGAGUUGUAAUCAGGAAGACAUAAGUUCAGCCAAGAGUGACAUAUUUGAUUCAGAGAUAAGGUUGCUGCAGACCGGUGAUUCUUCCUAUGUGUUUGAACCUGAUCACUCUGAUCUGUCUCAGGAUGAAGAAGAUAACUUGAGCAAGACCCUAUUGCCUCUAUGCAUAUUUCCCAAACUUGAAGAUGUUGAUUACUCCUACCUGCCUCAUGGCUCAUGUAAUUUUGGAAUUCCGGAGGAAGAUCAAGCCAUUUGGUCAUGGUGUGAUUGAAUUUUCCGUGGUAUACAGUAUUUCUCUAUCUUGUAGUCUUUGGAUCUUCUGUUUAGACUUUGGUGAAUGAGUAACAAGUCAAUGAGCAAUGGCUCCCUACUGGUUCCCAAAUGGAUGAACAUUGCAAAGUGGUUUCUUCCCACAUUUGUUAUGUUCUAAUGUAACUUUUGGUUCAUAUGUAAUUAAAUAAUAUCUUCUUGUUAAGGAUGUGGCAUUGAAA